AUGUCUCCGUCCCGACCAUCAGUGCAUCGCAGGCGGAGACUAACGUCAGGCUCGGGCCGAAGUGAGAGUGUGGCGACUGGUUGGAACACAACGACUGGAGGAUCUGAGGGCUCUGGUUCUGUUGCGACUGUCAGCUCCUCUGAGACUGGUCCAAUCGUGACGUUGCCAACAGAGUCAGGUAUUCUUACGAGUAGUUCUCAAAGUGGCGGCGUUGGUUGGAACAUCACAUCCUCCAUCUCAGGCAUCGUCUCUCUCCCAACCAUCAGCGUACCAACCUCUGAAAUCCCAACUCUCCCCUUUCCAACAGACUCUUCGGAAGUUCCCAGCACUACCGUUAGCGAAAGUGCUGUUCCCAGCGGUGACACAACGGGCUCUGAGCUUGGGAGUACUGGAACCGUUACAUCCUUCUCGAGUCCUGUGGCUGCAACUUCAACGUCCGCCGCCUCCAACGGUCCCGCGUCACCAGGUAGUAACGCAACGACAACUGGCGUUCCCGAGUUCCCUGCCGCCAACUUCACCCACGUUACACGCACCGCCGCCAUCUCGCAAGAAACAUGCUACACACUCCCCAAUCCAGACGGCGAUUCGACCCGUCGAGCGUUGUUGUACAACGCCAGACUUCGAGAAGACAACGUCUCAAUCCCCAUUCCGUACAUUGAGUCUGUUGAGUUUGAGAAAGAUGGUAUUAACCCGCUGUAUCUCACUGUUCGCGAUGAACAAGGUGGUAUCUUCUAUGUCGACAUUUCUCAUCGGGGUCGGCUCUCAGUCGUUGAUCCCAAUGGGUACCUGGUCACGCUUGAUGCUGAGGGGAUUCACUUCUCGGGGAGUAACUGCACGUAUGACAUAUCCAUCUCGAUUGACGAUAUGUACGAGCAGAUUGCCGACUUGGCGGGUGUACAAUGUGCUGCACUCAAACGUAAGCGCGCCGAGGACUUGGACUUCAGCCAGGUUCUGUACCUGCAUGACCAGUGCGGGAAUCCCGUUGAUAGAUCGGUCAGGCAGUAUCCUCAGCUUCUUGUAGGCGAUACAGUCUGUGCGGAUGUCGCUGUUGAUGAUGAGACUGGUCGCUGGGACUUUGAGUGUACGUUUCCGGGAUCUGAGUCUGGGUCUUUGAAAUGUCAGUUGGCUAUCAAGAACAAGGUCGUCGACUUUAUCAGUACAGAUCCAUUCGGUGGUGCAUGUCCAGACUUGUCCACUGUCGUCACGACACUUGAAGAAUCAGGGCAAGACAUCGUUGACCAUGAACAGCUUCGCAAAGACCUUGCCAAUCAGGGUCUGUCCAGCGACAGAGCAAAGCAAGAGGCUGGUGCAGCUGUUGAUGCGUACACUCAACUCUGGCAAGCUCUCGGAGCAAUCUUCACCAAGAACACAGAGACUUCACAGGGUGCGUUGGAAGACUACAUCGACGUAUACAACACCCACCGAAACUUCGAAAACGACAUCUGUCAAUCCCUCCACGAAGGCGAAAUCCCCCUCAAUCUAACCCUCAUCGCCGGCGCAACAAGCAUCCCCGCCAUAACAACCCUCAACUGGGCCCCCGAGACAACAAAACCCUACAACAUCACAGUCCAGGACUCAUCACGCAUCGCCUGCUGUCCCAACAGCGCAGUCGCAGAAGGCGAAGGCGCUACGUGUUCGUAUCCUCGCGAUGCCAUCAUCCCCGGCACAGGGUGCGUCUGCGACAUCGUCGACUUGUUUGAGGAAAUUAUUUAA